ACUGCCAAACUACCAAAGAUACUGAAAUGUUUUUUGUCUUUAAAAACGGAAGGAAGUCAAAUGGACACAAAGUUGUUUUUCAACUUCCUCUUCACAACUGUCAAAGCUCAUCACUCUGGAUUUAUUUACAAGGAAAGCAAAACCUAAAAGAAGUUACAACUGGCCUCACACAACAAAUAGAUCAGACUGAGAGAAGCAUACCGACACAGGCUGAUGAAGAUGUCAGGAAAGAUCAUCUGUUGCUGUGUGGCUCUCCUGAUCUUUACAUCAGUUUCAGCUGUAAAACGAAUGCUCAAUUCAAUCAGUGAUCUAAAGUCAGUCAGAUUUGGCCAAUCGGUACCUAUGGAGAGCCAAGAAUUGCUCCGCUGGUUUGCCAACAAAAUUGAAAUUGAUACAAACGGUGUUAUACAACUGAACUUUGACCCACACUGUGAUUAUGGCUCACAUCAUUACAGCAACUUUGAGCGGUUGCUAGAUGAAUUGCCAACGGGGUACAGAUACUACACUCUUGGCAAUGUCAAUCAACAGACAUCACUCCAGCUUCCAUCUCAUAGGAGAAACAGGGCCCGAAUCAUAAUUAGAGUCAGGGAGCGGUCACAGACAGUAGACCAAGUCUAUAUUACACAGCAUUAUCAGACAUUUGACUACCAAAGGUCAGAGUACGAUCCAGAACAAACGUACCUGAUCUCUACUAACCUCCUAAGAGAGAUCAGAAGGGCUCCUAUGGACAACUCACCGAUACAUCGUGUAAACGCGUCCCAGUCAUGGGACACUGGAAACAGGCAGGCUGCCACAAGAAGAAAUGGACAACCUAAUGGUUGGGACAGCGAUUGGUUGAUCGCUUUGGUCGUUGUUGUUGUUGUUGUUGUUGUUGUUGUUGUUGUUGUUGUUGUUGUUGUUGUCGUCUUCGUUUUUAUAAAUUAUCGUUCUGCCAUCAGCAAAUACAUAAAGAGAAUAGUUUAAUCAGUAACUGAAAUUAUGCUCAGGACCAGAGAACCAGGAGCAUCUUUGUUUUGACCGGGACAACAGGGCAGUUAUCUGAGUUUGGUUACAUGACUAAUAGUUUCUGCUGUACAAUUUGCAACCAUGUCGUUAUCUUUUUUUCAUUUUUGUUUUAACCUGGACUAUAUGAGUUUAUUUGGUGUUAGAUUUGAAAGACAGGCUGGUUAUAGCAUGCUUGUAAUAAAUCAUUUUGACAGCAAGUCACAAAAAUCAACAUUUUGUAUAUGGACUACUCAAAAUUGUGCAUUUGUAUUUGUAAAAUAUCUAAUCAAGUCUAAUCAACAGUAGUGACUCCCAGCAGAUUCAUCCAGUGAGGAGAACGGACAGUUGCUCUGAUGGAUGAAUGACAGAUGUGUUGUGUUACCGUUUGGGUAUUGUAUUUUUAAAAUGUUGUGCUCAUUCAACUGUAUUUUUAAUUGGGGACAGUCAUUUUAUGUGAAGUGUUAUAACUGUGUUGACUCAAACGUUGUAUUUGAUAUAUUAGUCUUGCUUAAAAAUUAAAUUAACUGUGUGGCCUGGUUAGGUACUGAGCUAUAACAAACAAGAUUCACUUGAUUCAAUUUCAUCUGGCUCUUCUAUGUUUUACAAUAUAGCUGAUACGCGGUUUGCAGUGCACUACGUAGAUUUCUACACUUCCUGAUAAUUGCAAAAGAUUAAAAAAAUGGAAAAAAGUGUUUGAGGCCAAUAAUCUGCUUUAAAACAAAACAAAACAAAGAAACAAAAAAACUGAUUAUGUGCAAAGAAAGGUCGAGAGCUGUGGCACUUACAUGUAAAAGUGACACUUGGCUGUGAACCCAACUAAAAUGCUAAAAUUCUGUUCUGUUUUUCUCCAUGAGGACGAAGUUUCAUGCAAACAGCUGUAUUAUGAAGCUUCCCGUUAGCGCUAGCCUUUCCAGCUGCUUUAGUUUCAUUUUCAGGGAAACAGAAACCUAAAGUGAGUUACGUCUGCUCCUACACAGAGAGCUCAGACACAUGGCAGAAGCAGGCUAAGGCAGGAUGUUGAAGAUAUCAGGACAAAUCAGCUGCUGUGUUGCUCUCCUCCUGACCCUCACCUCUGUGUCAGCUGUAAGACGAGCACUCAAUUCAAUCAGUGACCUGAAGACUGUAGGCUUUGGCCAGUCUGUGCCUGAGUACAGCCUCCGCUUGCUCCACUGGUUUGCCAAUGAAAUUGACAUUAACAAUAAUGAUGACAUCCUGCUGACCUUUGACCCAAACCGUGGUGAUUAUGGCUCACAUCAAUAUCGCAACGAUGAAGAGCUGUUAGACCCACUGCCGAGGGGAUACCGAUACUACACUGUUGGUAAUAUCUACCAAGAUGCAUCACUGGAACUUCCAGAUUAUGUCACGGAGUCGGACAUUGAGGAAAGUAACAGGGUUCGCAUUAUAAUUAGAGUCAGGCAGCAGAACGCAGUACGGACAAUAGACCAAGUCUAUAUCACACAGCAUUAUGAGACACAUGAAGAUCGAGGGACAGAGUAUGAUCCACAACAUACAUAUCCAGUCACUGUCUGCCUCCUAAGAGCGAUCAGAAAGUUUUCCUUGGACCGCAAUAACAUCACCUCAAUGAGGUCUCUCAGAGACCACUUUGGAAGUAGUGCUGAUGAUUCCCAGCUAUGGGACAUUAAGGAUAUCUGGGAUGACCUUGCUUGUCUUGGACUGUUUUUGUUUAUUGUGAUCCCAGAAAAGUAUACCUCUCACAAACACAACAGCAGACGUCAGCCAGCACCAAGAAGGAACACACAACCUGAUUUUGUGAUCAAUAUCCCAGAGAGCAGGCAAAAUGUCACUUCUGGGACGUCUGCAAAAAAUCAAGUGGAUCAUAGAAAUGGGAUAACACUGAAAGUAACAACAGGCAAAAGUGGACAUGCCAGAAUUCUUUGGAGCGAUGUUCCUAGAUAUCUUCUUAAAGAAGGUGUGAUGGUGGCACUUUACAAGAAUGAUCAGGAAGAGGACGCUCUCACUUAUAAAUCUAUUGGGAACAGAGUUUCGGGCAGUUAUGAUACAUCGGUACCCCUGAAUGAAGACCUUCAGGUACGACUGCAUGAAGCCAGGACUCUAUGCUGCUUCUGGAGAUCGUUAGGAGUCGAGAUAGACAGAGGCAGUGAGUUUAAAAACCCCAAAGCUGUGAAUAUAACAGGUUACAAUGCUAACCUGCAACUCUUUGCAAAAGACGGCAAGGCUUGUGCUCGCUUAACAGUGACAAAGUCUUUCCAGGACUGGAGGUCCAAAUUUGAAAACGCGUGGGUAGGCUUCUAUAGCUCUGAAAGUAAAGGCACAAACAACUACGAAUGGUGGCGAUGGCAAUGGGCAACAAAAUUCAAAGAAAACACUGAUUUUCAGGACAUGUUUUAUGAUGUGUAUGAGUACGAGUCAGGCAUGACAAUUGCCCCAGGAGUGCAAGCACGUUUCAUACUGCAGGAUGAAAUAGAGAAAGCAAGAACCUCACCCUGGGGAGAAUGAAGAAAUUUACUCCUUUAAAAAUAGUGAUUGAAUAAUGUUUUUUAAAAAGCCAAAGUAAGAAAGUAGAGACAAGUGUUAGCAGCAGAUUUUAAUUUCAGGUCAUUACCAAGCUCUUAAGAGUGAUCAGAAAGGUUUCUAGAGACCACUUUUGAAGAAACAAUCAUGAUUCCCAACUAUGGGACAUUAUAAACAUAUGGUUGUUGUUUAUUGUUGUCAAGAGGCCUGGCCCUAUACUAUGAAGCAAACCCAGUGCAUCUUUCAAUUAGCUGGAUUCACUGGUGAUGAGGAUACAUAGUCAUACGAAGCUGUUUAUCAACUUAACUCCCAGCUUCUUUCACAUGUAAAGGCUGGUCUUAGCAUCUGACUGAUCUCAAAGGAGCAUUUCAUAGAUCAUAUACACAAAAUGAUCCCUACGCAAUCUAAACCAGACAUAUUAUCAAAUGGUAAUUAAAAAUCUGUAAACAUAGUAACAUUAAAAAGUAAAAAAAAUAAAAUAAAAUAAAUGUUUUUAUGCUUCACUCUAAAUUAGAGCUGGGCGAUAUAAGAUUUUUUCAUAUCACGAUAUGUUUUUUUCAUUUCUGGCGAUAACGAUAUA